AUGUUCCGAAGUCCUAUCACCGACCUUGGUAUGCCACGGAAAUCAAGCAUUAUGAACACCGACGACCCAAAUGGCGACCUUGGCAAAGCAUGCUUCGAAGCCUUGAAGGCCUGCCACAACCGGAACAUUAUAUUGACAGGGCUCUGUAUCGCCGAGAAGUUUUUGCAAGAAGCCUCGCGUUUGCUACUACCACGGCAGUUGCACGAUCUUAUUGGGUUCUUGACGCAGCAAGACAUACCGGCUCUGGAUACUGCAGACUUACAAUCACUGAAGAAUGCCAAGAUGAAAGAAUUCUACUUGGCUGAAACGGCAGCUUCAGGUCAAGACGAGAGACGGCUUGCUGAUUCUAGUGGACCAGAAGAUGCUGAAUUGGGUAUCAUUCUUCACGUCCAAAGUGAGGAUGAUGUCAUUGGUGCCUUCUGGGACACCCGCAGCGCGACCAUAGGACUUAUCGAUGAAAAGGGGGUAAACCCGGAAUUGCAUUUGGGUAUGACUGGCAUUGGCGGGCAGAUGAUUCUUUCAAUGUCUCUCGGCACCCAGGCUGCCCUGCGGCGCAAUGGGGACGGCAAGUUCGCACUCUUCAUGACCAAUUUUCGGUUGAUAUUCUCAAUUUGCUACCACUGCCUUUCGUCCUCACUGGCUCCAGCUGUGUUCGAGAAAGUAUCCGGAAAAUAUUUGGCCCAAACCUUGUCUCGGUAG